AUGUCAGAGAAAAGGGGUGGUUGGUUUCAGAUGAGGAGGGAUCAGAAGUUUAUAGGCAACAUUGACAGAUGCGAGCUGCUUGAUUUGGGUUUUAAAGGAUCUCCACACUUUCAGAGAAGAGUUCAUGGGGCUAUAAUUUCUACUCAAGUCCGUUUAGAUCGUGCAUUGGCCAACGCAGAAUGGCGUUAUGUCCCCCCUAGGGGUCUAGGCCAUUCCAUUUUCAAGCUGCAUGAACGUUGCAUGAAGAGUUUGAAGCUGUGGCGGCCAAUUCAUGGAGAAAUUAACUUUGAUUCUUCCCUCAUGGAUGCUCUCUCUAAUAUGGCUAGACAAGCUCAAAUUCUUAACAGAGAUGUCUUUGGUAAUAUUUUCGGAAGUAUACGACGAAUUCUUGCUCGUGUACAAGGAAUUCAGAAGUAA